AUGAUGUACUUUACUCUGAUUUCCUCGGUCCUCGUCACCGCCGCAGCAUACCAGACGAUUAAGCGACUUUUAAUCAGUCCUCUCCGCAACAUACCUGGUCCAAAGCUCUAUGCUUUGACAAAGUGGCGGUUGGCAUUGGACGAAUGGCAAGGAAAACGAACGAGAACAAUACAUCAACUACACCAAUUGUAUGGCCCUGUCAUACGGAUUGGUCCAAACGAAGUUCAUUUCAACAGCCUCACGGCAAUGCGACUGAUUUACGGACCUGGGGCUGCUUUCGAAUUGACAGAGUUUUAUCGGCUUUUCGAGGCAUAUGGGAAGCAGAAUCUGUUCAGUUUUGCAUCUUCGAGACAGCACGCAGACAGGCGGAGGCUACUUGCCCAUGCUUACUCGAAGACCUCGGUGUUGAAGAACCCAUUUGGGGAAGUUGUGGAGGGAAAGGUAAGACAAUAUCUCCGCUACGUUGAUGGUCAAGAUAGCAAGGGAAUCGAGCUUUUCACCAGUCUACACUAUUUCGCCCUUGAUACGGUCUCCCAUGUUUUAUACGGAGCUAGGUUCGGGAGUACAUCAGCUAUGGCUGGCGAUGAUUCCGAUCGAGCGCUCUUGGGUGAUAUUUUUGAUCCUUCUCGUAGGAAACUGAUUUGGUUCCGAUUGCAUCUUGAACUCCUUACAGAAUGGAUGUACACUCAGACUGGGAUAUUGGAAAAGUUAAUUCGACCGUUUCUGCCAAUGAAGAAGCCUGUAAGUAUAUAGACAAAUAGCCUAAAUUCCUAAUGCAUAGCUUACUAUGAAAGGUUACCUACUCAGGAGUCAGGCAGCACGCAUUGCAAUCAUGGAAAGACUUCAGUUUGGCUGCGUCCACAAUGGAGGAUACCACGGAAGACGGAGCAAUCAUAUCCGUUAUGUUCAGAUACCAUAUUAGCCAAAAGGACGGCUACCUUCAAGAUCUCGAAAUAGCUUCGGAAUGCGCUGAUCAUCUACUUGGGGGUGUGGAUACUACAGCAAAUACGCUGAUGUUUCUCCUUUGGGCUCUUUCGCUGCCGGUAAAUAGAAAGUAUCAAAUGAAACUCAUCGAGGAAGUUACCAAGCUUCCAGGAGAGGUUUUCCACGAUGGCGUUCCACCCGUUGCUCUUGCUGAUAAAAUGGUUUAUGUCAAUGCGGUGAUAAAAGAGGCUCUGCGAAUAUACACCCCCAAUCCAGCGACGCAACCUCGAUCAUCCCCGUUAAACUCGACUAUCGACGAUUAUGUGAUUCCUGCACGCACAGUUGUUGGCAUGUCAGCGUACUCAUUGCAUCGAAACGAGCAAGUUUUUGAAGAACCUCUCAAAUUCGACCCAGAUCGAUGGCUCUCCCCAAAACCCACUGUGGUUGAAAUGAACAAAUGGUUCUGGGCCUUUUCAAGUGGCGCCAGAACUUGCACUGGCAAAAAUCUUGUCAUGACCGAAAUGACAACGCUUGUUGCUGCUAUCUACCGAGAAUACAGUACCUCCAUCGUGCCCGGCUUCGAGGAUUCAACACCAGUGGUCACUUCCAGAUUCGAACUUUUCCAUGAUGAGACAAUGUCCUGUAUGGAAAAGGUUGGGAUGAUGCCUAAACCAUAG